AUGACUCAGAAACCACACACUUUAAUAACGCAACGUCAUUAUAAGAAAGGAGAAAUCCCUGGUGUUUGGUGGUAUUUUGAGGAGAAUCCUAAAAUCUCUAGCAAUUUAGAUCUCGAAAAUACUCAAAUAUUCGAACCUACAAACCAUGAUACAAACCAUGACAAUACAAACAAGUUGUUACAAACCUAG